GGUUGCAAGAGCUCCUUCACACAGUGCGCUGUGUCUGCCUGGAAAUUUAGAGGGCUAGCUCACCCCAUACACUCAGCUAGGGAUGUUUUACUAACUACUUUAUAAACAGAGGACAACGCAAACAUUGACACAAGUGCUGUAACUCUCUUAACUUUAACUAAACGGUAAUUAGUUUUAAAGUCAGUUGCACAUUCACUGAAGUUUGACGAAAGUUGUCUGUCCUUUUUUGUUUAUUUUUGCUGAAGAGCGGAUUGCUUGUUAAAACUCUACUUUUGGAUUGGUUGAUAUUUUCUUAGUCUCGAAGAGAAACUAAGACUCGAUCGAGAUGGUUGUCCUGUCACUGACGGUACUAGUAGGAUUUAUAGGAAGUCUGACUUCAGCCGACAACGCUGAUGCCAUAGAUAAAGAAGACCAGCUGCGUAGCCGCCUGAGAGAGUAUGGCCUCAUCACCCCCAUCAGCACCGACUCCCAUGGUCACUUCCUGUCCCACCUGCUCUCUGCCAAUCACAAGCAGCGAGUGAAGAGGGAGGUUGGGUCAGAGGGCUCGGAGCAGGCCAAUGAUAGGCUGUUCUUCAACAUCACGGUAUUCGGCAGGGAGUUCCACCUGAGGCUCCGUCCCAACGACCGCCUGGUGUCUCCUGGGGCCAUGGUGGAGUGGCACGACCAGGUCCCUGAACCAGGCAACGCCAGCAGCAGUAGUACAAUCACUAGUAAUAGUGGUAGCAGAGGUACUAUCCGUGUUGGUGGAGAGAAUGGGAGUGAGUCGACCAGUGGUGGAACGGAGAGGAUUCUCAGGAGGAGGUUGCUGAAAACAGACUGCACCUUUAUCGGUGACAUCACUGACGUAAAGGGAGCCUCCGUGGCCAUUAACAACUGUGAUGGACUGGCUGGUAUGAUCCGGACAGACUCAGAUGAGUACUUCAUUGAGCCAUUGGAGAGAGGGACUCAGGAACAUGAGGACCAGGGCAGAGUCCAUGUUGUCUACAGGAGAUCUGCUGUUCUACAGGCCCCCUCUGACAUCUCACUGGACUACCAACUGGAAGAACCAGAAAUAGAGCUGUCCCUACCAGGUGUUCCGGGGAUUCCAGACCAGGUGUCCCUGCCAGGUGUUCCGGGGGUUCUAGACCAGUUGUCCCUGCCAGGUGUUCCGGGGGUUCUAGACCAGGUGUCCCAGCAGGUGAACCAGGCGGUGAGGAAGCGCCGCCACGCCGGAGAUGACGACUACAACAUUGAAGUUCUCCUGGGUGUCGACUAUUCCGUGGUGCGUUUCCAUGGCAAGGAGCAUGUGCAGAACUACCUGCUGACCCUCAUGAACAUUGUGAAUGAGAUCUACCACGAUGAGUCUCUAGGAGUCCAUAUUAAUGUGGUGUUGGUGAGGAUGAUCAUGCUGGGCUAUGCUAAGUCCAUCAGCCUGAUAGAACGAGGGAACCCGUCCAGGAGUCUGGAGAACGUGUGUCGCUGGGCGUUCGUUCAGCAGAAGGCAGACCAUGACCAUUCUGAGCACCAUGAUCACGCCAUCUUCCUGACCAGACAGGGCUUUGGACCCACAGGCAUGCAGGGCUACGCCCCCGUAACAGGCAUGUGCCAUACAGUCCGGAGCUGCACGCUGAACCAUGAGGAUGGAUUCUCCUCUGCCUUCGUUGUCGCCCACGAGACCGGACAUGUGCUGGGUAUGGAGCAUGAUGGUCAGGGUAAUCGUUGUGGGGACGAGACAGCCAUGGGGAGUGUGAUGGCUCCACUGGUUCAAGCUGCCUUCCACCGAUACCACUGGUCCAUGUGUAGUGGACAGGAGCUCAAGAGAUAUAUACAUUCGUACGACUGUCUCCUGGACGACCCGUUCAAACACGACUGGCCCCAGCUGCCGGAGCUGCCAGGGAUCAACUACUCCAUGGAUGAACAGUGUCGCUUCGACUUCGGAGUCGGAUACAAAAUCUGCACAUCAUUUCGCACAUUUGACCCAUGUAAGCAGCUGUGGUGCAGUCACCCUGACAACCCAUACUUCUGCAAGACUAAAAAAGGCCCUCCUCUGGAUGGUACUGAGUGUGCUCCUGGGAAGUGGUGCUAUAAAGGUCACUGCAUGUGGAAGAAUGUCAACCAGGUGACGCAGGAUGGCUCCUGGGGCUCUUGGACGAAAUAUGGUUCCUGUUCCCGCUCCUGUGGGACCGGGGUUCGCUUCAGAACUCGCCAGUGCAACAACCCAGUCCCCUCUAACGGCGGUGGGGACUGUCCCGGGGUGAAUUAUGAGUACCAGCUGUGUAACACCGAGGACUGCCCCAAACACUUUGAGGACUUCAGGGCCCAGCAGUGCCAGCUACGCAACUCCCACUUUGAGUUCCAGAACACCAAACACCACUGGCUGCCCUAUGAGCACCCUGACUCCAAUAAGAGGUGCCACCUGUACUGCCAGUCGAAGGAGACUGCUGAUGUGGCGUACAUGAAGCAGCUGGUGCAUGAUGGGACACGCUGCUCCUACAAAGACCCCUACAGCAUCUGUGUCAGAGGAGAGUGUGUGAAAGUUGGCUGCGACAAAGAGAUUGGUUCCCACAAGGUGGAGGAUAAGUGUGGAGUGUGUGGUGGGGACAAUUCUCACUGUCGUACCAUCAAGGGAACCUUCACCCGCACCCCCAAGAAAGCUGGGAAGACGAGAGGAGCAUUUACCUUGCCUAAAGGAGCUCGGAAUGUUUAUCUGAAUGAAACAGAAGAUUUUAGAAAUGUACUUGGUUUCCUUAAGAUGUUUCUGAUUCCUCCCGGGGCUAGACAUGUGAUCAUUCAGGAGCAUGAGGCUUCUCCUCAGAUGCUUGCGAUCAAGAACCAGGUGACAGGCCGCUACAUCCUGAAUGGCCGAGGAGAGGAGGCUCGCUCCCGGAGCUUCAUAGACCUGGGAGUGGAGUGGGAUUACAUUAUAGAAGACGACGAAGAGACACUAUACACUGAUGGACCCCUACACGACGCUGUGGUCGUACUGAUAAUCCCUCAGGACAACGAGACCAGGUCGACCCUGAUGUAUAAAUACAUCAUCCAUGAAGACUCUGUCCCCGUCAACAACAACAACGUCAUUCAGGAGGACACCUACGAAUGGGCCCUGAAGAGCUGGUCGCAGUGUUCUAGACCCUGUUCUGGAGGGUUCCAGUACACGAAGUAUGGCUGCAGGAAAAAGGGUGACAGCAAGAUGGUCCACCGGGGAUACUGUGAUGUCAGCAAGAAGCCAAAACCCAUCAGGAGAAUGUGUAACCUACAGGACUGUACACAGCCACAAUGGAUCUCAGAGGACUGGGAGCACUGCACUAAGACUUGUGGCAGUUUGGGUUUCCAUAUCCGGACGGUUCGCUGUGUCCAGUUCCUCAAUGAGGGGACCAACCGCUCAGUCCACAGCAAGUACUGCAGUGGGGAGAAACCAGAGAGCAGACGGCCCUGUAACAGACUGCCCUGUCCUGCACACUGGAGGCCUGGGGCCUGGUCAAAGUGCUCAGUGACAUGUGGUGAGGGGGUGGAGAGGCGCUUAGUGACGUGUCGUAUUGGAGAUCAGUGUAAUGGAGAGAGACCUGAGGCCCACAGACCCUGCAAACCAGGACCCUGUCACGAUGAGCCGUGUAACGGGGAUAAGUCUAUAUUCUGUCAGAUGGAGGUCCUGGUGAGAUACUGCUCUAUCCCGGGAUACAAUAAACUGUGUUGUGACUCGUGUAGCAGACGCAGAGGAACCCUGUCCCCGCUCCUAGUAGAAGCCGCCGAGAUGGACCAGGAAGUACGCUUUGCCGCCGCCUCCCAGCUCCUGGAGACUCAGUCACUCAAUGGGACGCGUGAUUUGUCUCUUCGCUCCCUACUGACACCCCGUGGAUCCUCAACGCUAUGCCCCAGCAUCAGAGACGCCCACAAGGUCCCACCCAGGAAAAGCUCCUUCCACCGCAUGGUUCCAUCCCCCAGUAGCCUCGCUGUCAGGAACCUAUCCAUCAUGAUGUCAUCACUUACUGCCGGUGGCGCGGUUCAGUCAGAUGCCACGGAGGGUCAAAGCUCGGACACGUUGAGGAAGAGCCGGUUGCUCAGGGAGACAAAGGUGGCUCUAACGGAGGCGGAGAGAUGAAGUGGGAUCGUUCCUCCUCUGGACUCCAUGCAGAUAUCACUCCACCCUGCCUUUCUCACCUCACUACAUCACCGGAGGGGGGAGGGAGGGAGAAGUGCUGGUUCACUUUCGUGUGAGAGACCCCCUAAGCAGCAGUGACAGGUUGUUUGAGUUGAAACCCACCAUAUACAGUAUCAUCAGAGCAGUUGGACUGAAGCCCCAGUCAUGUUACAACGUUACUCUUAGGAAAUUGUUCUAGUUGUUUAGAAUUUCAAUAUCCAGCUAUUUUUGUUUACUGGCGCUCUCUUAUUUCUUCAACAAAUCUAGAUAUUUCUAAAAGUCACUGUAAAAACUAUAUAAUAUACAGUACAUAUGUUAAACAUUGUUAAAAUGUCAGUAUUAUUAUAACGAAGGCAAGAUGACUCUGUCACAGGUUAAAUCACCUUUUGGUUCCUAAACUACAGGCCCACAGACAUACUAACAUCUCCAGACCCAUAUCCAGAUAUUCCAGAACCAUAUGCAGAUAUUCCAGAACCAUAUGCAGAUAUUCCAGAACCAUAUGCAGAUAUUCCAGAACCAUAUGCAGAUAUUCCAGAACCAUAUGCAGAUAUUCCAGAACCAUAAUAUGAAAUGUCAGGUGGUGUAUUAUUUGUUCCCUACAGUACUCGGCUACAGGCUGUUGUAGCAGAAUAUGCAUCAGGCUGUCAAUACUCUGUUUAAUGUCUUCAUGAACACACAGGGACAACAGGCAGAGACAACAGACCAUCAACACAUCUGAGAGGGAUAUAUAGUAUCUCUAAAGCCCUUUAGAGAGGGAAUCUAUGGAUUCUAUACCACCAGGGGUUUUGUUAGUAUUUAACACACACAUUGUGUGAGCUCUCCAUGCCAAUGCUUUUGUGAAGAUGGACUUACAAAAUAUCUUUAUAGGGAGCAUAUGAUAAUAGAUGUCUAGCUUUGUCAGAGAGGGAGAGAGAGAGAGCUAUUUAUUGUAAAAUGAUUUUGUCAACCACAAUGCAUCUGACUGCAAUAGCGAACAAAGCGUUGACAAUGUUUCAGUUGAGCUCAAUGUGCAACCGAUCAUUCUUACUCCUGUGUUGUCGUUAUAGGACCUAGUGUUGUCGUUUAUAGUACUUGUAAAUAGGAUUUAGAAGGUCAAUAUUUAUUAAGAUAGUGGUCCUGCUCUUUUUCCUGUACAGCCUUCUGGUUGCCGAGGUGUUGUAGAAAUAACCAAACAAUAUUAUUAGUAUAGGUUCUAAUAAUAACCAAACUAAACCCAACAUCAAGACCAACCACCUCAUUCCAGCUCAACGCUUUCACUUCAGAUCAUCAUUAGUGGAAUCAACCCGCUGUCCGUCAGUGGAAUCAACCUGCUGUCCGUCAGUGGAAUCAACCCGCUGUCCGUCAGGGGAAUCAACCCGCUGUCCGUCAGUGGAAUCAACCCGCUGUCCGUCAGUGGAAUCAACCCGCUGUCCGUCAGUGGAAUCAACCCGCUGUCCGUCAGUGGAAUCAACCCGCUGUCCGUCAGGGGAAUCAACCCGCUGUCCGUCAGGGGAAUCAACCCGCUGUCCGCCAGUCAAACGUAGAGUGGGUAGAUUAGACGAUCUUGUGUUAGUAACCAACAAGACACUGAACACAGAGAACAUAGAGGGUAGUAGGUGUCUCGAACUAUGCUGAAACACAGUGCGUUUACAGUGCGAGUUUAUUUUCCCCUGUCGUUUAAGGUUAAUGUACUGUCUUUAAGACAUUGCUGCUAAUGUUAUGCAAAGCUUUUAAUGAUUGAGGACACUAGCUAGUUUGUUAGGGUUGUACCAUUUGCCCCUCCAUAUUUACCGUAGAGAGCAUCAUGGGGGUUCUAGUAUGUCGUGGAUGUCACAUUCUAGAUAAAUGGUUGAACUAA